GCUAUUUUCGAGCGUUUUUGGAUUAAUGGAGCCGUUUAAUGUUAUACAAACAAAAGCAAAGCGGGUGCGUUCCAACCCAACAAAGAAGUGGCUGUUGGAAGAAGAGAAAUUAUUGGUGGAAUUUUUGACGCAUAACAGGGAAUUUGAGAAGCCAACGUCUCAAAUUUAUUAUAGACGUUUUGCAAGAGAGAGCAACAUUGCGGUGGACUGGAAAGUGACACGCUCGAAGGUGCGGUAUAUGCGUAUAACAUAUAACAAAGCAAAAGCAUGGGCGCGCUCGACUGGUGCAGAGAGUAUGGAUGGCGAAACUAUGAAAAGUAGGAUUUUGUUUAUGAAAUGGAUGAAAUUUUCGGCGGUACACUGGUUGAGUCAGCAGUGAUCAACGAGAGUUUGGAGAGCAACGAUAACUCGAACUAUUCAGAAGUAGACCUCAACGAGUUACCGUCUUUUGCGGCUGUAAACGAAAGCAAAUGUGGAAAUAAGACAACCCGUAAAGGAAUCUAUUCCAGAACUGCGGACUCAGAGAUUCUACAAUUUCUAUCUGAAAUUAUCCAGCUGAAAAAACAGAAAAUUGAGCAAGAAAAGAGUUUUAAGGAGAAGGAGUUGGAAUUAAGAGAAAGGGAAUUGGCGAUUAAGGAAAAACAAAUGGAGUUAAGAGCGAAGCAAAAAUUAGUACUAAAAGACAAAGAAAUGGAAA